AUGUCAGUCCCGCGGGGACUGUUGGCUUCCUACUACGACGCUCCGGACCGCCGCACCAUCGACGAUGACCGCCCGACGCUGCUGGUGACUUGGUGGUGCACUGGCUGCUGUAUUGCGCUCAUUGGCAUGCGCUUGCUGGGCCGCUAUAUUCGCGUUGCGAAGCUGUUCCGAGACGACAAGUUUAUGGCCCUCUCGAUCCUGCCGUUGUUGGGGCAUCAGGCGCUUGUGCACAUGGUACUUCUCUACGGAACGAACAACACGACCGGUACCGAGGCAAUGGGAAAGGAGGAGUUACGGCGGAGAAGAAUCGGCAGUGGAAUGGUUUUGGGCGCGAGAGUGAUGUACGCCGCAUUUCUCUGGUCGCAGAAGUUUUGCAUCACUGAGUUCUAUGUGAGACUGACGGAACACUUUUGGGAGAAGGGCUAUGAAUUGGGACUGAGGAUCAUGAGGUGGAGUCUCUUGGUCACCUUCCUUGCCGCUACUAUAUCCGUCUUUGGAGAGUGCCGGCCCGGUCACAAGUUAUGGCAGGUGCAUCCAUCUCCCGGCCCGCAAUGUCGUUCCGGUUUUGCACCUCUCAUCACGAUCUCGACAUUCAGCAUAGUGACGGACCUAUUCCUCGUGCUCUACCCGAUCCCGAUGAUAAUCCGCUCAUCGUUCACAACGCUCAAGAAGCUCCGGCUCAUCCUGACAGUGUUCAGCCUGUCCCUCCUCUGCGUCGCCUUCGCCAGCUACCGAGUACCGGCCGUAAUCCGCACGCACGGCUCGCAGCAACUACGCUCGCUCCUCGCCGCCUUCGAGAUCCUCGUCUCCACCAUCGUCAGCAACGCAAUCAUCAUCAACUCAUUCGCGCGGGGGAAGGGGGAAAAGAAGCGCAAAUUCUCUGGGGCGAGCGGGGUUGACGACGCUGAGGCGGGCCAAGUGAGGAUGGCGUAUUGGGGCAGCGACGACGAUAUUGCGCGAUAUCUGGGCGUCGGAAGGGUUCCCGGGGUCGCCCCGGUGCAGAAGGGCUACGGCUUUACGAGACGGUCCGAAGAGGCGCCGAGAAGCGAUGAGCGCUUGCAGCCGAGAGCGGUGUUGCAUGGCGCGGCGGUAUCGGCCGAGAUGGAGGAGCAGCAGCAGGCGAAGGUGGAUUCCUGCGAGCUGAUGGAUUUUGGUAAAGACACGACGACGAUAACACCACCACCGCCGCCGCCGUCGCCAGAUGAUGGGAAGGAACACCCGGUGCUGUGCGAUGCUGGCGGGCUACUAACUCUCGCACGGGUCGACGAGAAUGAAUCUACCACUGAAUACUCUGACGAUGACGACUACGAUCUCCGGCCGCGGACUUCGGUGUCUUCGUCGUCGGUGGGACUGAAAGAUACCAUUGCGGAAAGGGAUCGCGAGGUGCGGCGCUGA